CAUGCAUAAUUGUCGAGUUUCUUCCUCGUAUCUAGGUUUCUAGCUCAUAUCCGUCGGAACCAAGAAGUUGCAAAGAUCUUAUAUAAAGAGCCGCAGUAGUAUCAGAUUGAGCCAGCUUCUGCCACAGUCCUCAAGACUUCACUCGCUAUAGACUCUCAAGAACUUGCUUAUAUCUAGAAAUCUAGUACAACACUACAGUUGCCUACCUUCAAUAUGGUUACCUACAGAAACCUUCGUCAGGAUGAAACCCUCGACCCGUAUGACAUUGUCGAGGCACUCACGGGCCGUAAAUUGCCGCGACCUUCAUCAUCUUUGCCUUCUCGCUCCCGACCCACUUCUGAAGGGUACGACGAUCUGAGCGACAUUCGAGCAUCUGCUCAAGCGAAGCAGGAGGGGCCCAAACCCGACCCGCAGCCCGAGGACCUCAGUGUUGGAUGUAUCAACCCUUUCGCUCUUGCUGAGAACAUGGUCGGUCACAAGAUCGAUCGCCACUCCGUCACUGCUGUCCACGUCCUCCAAGAUACUCUUCAGACCGAUUACGAGGAGCUCUUCGACAUGAAGCACCACUCUGUGCUCUACGCCGGCCUGAAGCUCAACGAGAAAGAAUGCAAGGCAGAGAGACUCGAGGAAGGGGAGAUGAAGAUCCUAAACGAGAAGGACCUAGUUACCCCAGAUCUCAGCCGCCUCAGUAAGCUCGGUGACCUCGAGGAAGUCGGCAUGAAGGAGAUUGGCAAUCUGCGCAUCAAGCGAGCGGGCAUCAUGAACAACAAGCUCCAUCUCAUCCUUCAUGCCAACGACGUUGCUCGGACUGUAUGCAAUCGAGAGGUCACCCGAACAAUGAAUGAUUUCUGCCUGCCCUUCCGACGGGAGGAAAGAGAGAAGGAGUCGUUCACUCCCCCCAACAGCUCCUGGCGUGAUGCUCGCGAUGUUCUCAUCAUGCGGAACAUGAGACGAAGCUUAGUCUCUGAAUAUAACACUCACUUCGACUUCAGAACUAGAUCACGCGAGUUCCACGACAUGCGCGAAUUCGGCCAUAUGCGCAAGUUCGAUGACCCGAUCCAGGGCGCCAUGGGUAACAGCUGGUUCGUCGCAGCGCUAUUCUCCGUCUUCUGGUCUGACCCAGCUAUGAUCAACCGCAACACGAACCUGCAUCACCAUAUGAUGCGUAUUGACUUCGAAGAUCAUGAGAACCGCUUCCGCGUCAAGUUCCACGACAAGGGUGGACGCAACAACAACAAGACCGACACCGUCGAAGUUGACUACAACGUCCCCGUGAACAACUCUAGCGAGGACUUUGUGUACUGUCGCUCGAGCGACGGGCUAGCAAUCUGGCCAUCGCUGUACGAGAAGGCAUUCGCGAAGUGGAUCCGAGGUGGCAAUGGUGACCAGCCCAACAAGCUUGAUCACUCGUAUUACGAAGAAGACUUCGUCGACAUCACUGAGAUCUACCAAGGUGACCCGGUCAAGGCGAUGGCGCAGAUCAACGGCCGCGAGCCCGAGUACUACUUCACCUCCAGGCACAGCGCGAACGACCUCAUCGGCCUCGUGCGCAUGUGCAGCGUCAACCGCCGCACCAUCUGCCCCAUGGUAGCCUUUACCUACGCCACUGGGCGCGGCAUGUACCGCGGCUGCAACCUCGUCGCCAACCACGCCUACUCGGUGCUCGGGUGGUCGUCCGUCGGCCAGGGCGAGAAGCAGUACAUCAUCAUCCGCAACCCGUGGGGUGUCACGGAGCCCCAGGGUCUCACCAGCUACGGCGGCGUCCUGACCCGUGUCGAGCCCGAGUACUGGCAUCCCGCCUCCCUCUGCGACCGCGAGGGCGUCAUGGCCAUCGAGGUCGGCGCCUUCAAGGAGUACUUCGCCUGUCUCGGCGUUACCAAAUAAGUGAACAGCUCAGACUGGAGCGCAGACGUUCCAACUUAAAUGUGUUUGGGCAGAUGUUUGGGGCAUAUGAAGGUUGUCAUCUAUCUCCUAUUGUGAAUUUCUCUCUUAGUAAACCUUUUAUGUUUCGUCGCCUCUCUCCUGAGUGUGUUCAUCUGUAUCUAUUGCUUGCUAGAGGCAAUUAAUUCUGAUACUGAGAGUCGGGACCAUUGAGAUGGGAUGGUGAAAUCUAGGGCAUAGAAUGAAUGAACACGCGAAAGGCCGAAUACAGAUUGUUACCU